AUGCCAUGGAAUGAAAAAUGGACAUAUGAUUUCGAUGAUGCAUCAAGAAAAAAAGCUGAACAUUGGGAAUAUCGUCCAGAAAUGAAAAGAGCAUUAGGUUCAAUUCCAAGUAUAAUGAUGUGGGAUGAUCAUGAUAUAUUUGAUAGUGCGGGAUCCUAUCCUCCAUUACUUCAUCAAAGUCCAAUUAUGAAAGGAUUAUUUGAAAUGGCACAAAAAAUUCGACUACUUUUUCAACAUCAUACAACACCGGAAAAAGCUCGAGAACAUAGAUUAUUUGGUUAUCAAGGACAUAAUCUACUCGCUCGUUGUGGUCCGAAUUUACUUAUCUUAGCAGCAGAUGGACAGACAGAACGUGAUGCGAAGACGGUUCAACAUGAAAAAACUUGA